GCUGAAGCCCCUGCGGGAUUGGCCAGAACAACGCGGAAGUGAUUAUGGGUCGCCCAGCAACGGGUGGAGUCCUGGCCCGUGAAUGGAUGCACACGUCCCUUCCCGGAGGCGGGGUGAUUGACGAAGCUCAGCUCCAUCUCCAGAGCAUUCUCCGGUUGUUACUUCCAAUCCAACUACAGGGCGACCUCCUUUGCGCUUUCACCGCCCCACUCUUUAGACCCCGCCCCUUUUACGCUGGUAGCUGCGAAAUAGCGGAGACUGGAUUCCAGCUCUGGGCGGCGCAGUGCGCAGGCGCGAGCGGUUGGGCCCUGACGCGCGCGGCGCUCGGUUGAAGCGGGAGAGAGUUCCCGGACGCGGAGACCCGGCUGCGGGCGACUCAGCUAGUGGGUGAACGUGCACCUCCUCUCCCUGCCAUGGCAGCUCUGCGCUACGCGGGCCUGGACGACACGGACAGUGAGGACGAGCUGCCGCCAGGCUGGGAAGAGAGAACCACCAAGGACGGCUGGGUUUACUAUGCCAAUCACACUGAGGAGAAGACUCAAUGGGAACAUCCGAAAACUGGAAAAAGAAAACGAGUAGCAGGAGAUUUGCCAUACGGAUGGGAACAAGAAACCGAUGAGAACGGGCAAGUGUUUUUUGUCGAUCAUAUAAAUAAAAGAACCACAUAUUUGGACCCUAGGCUGGCAUUUACUGUGGAUGAUAAUCCAACAAAGCCAACCACCAGACAGAAAUAUGAUGGCAGCACCACCGCCAUGGAGAUACUCCAGGGCCGAGAUUUCACUGGCAAAGUGGUCAUAGUGACUGGAGCUAAUUCCGGAAUAGGGACAGAGUCCACCAUUUUCUACAGGAUCUUUUGGGUGUGUAGUCCUGGAAUUGCAGGGUUUGAAACGGCCAAGUCUUUUGCCCUCCAUGGUGCACAUGUGAUCCUGGCUUGUAGGAACAUGGCAAGAGCCAGUGAAGCCGUGUCACGCAUUUUAGAAGAAUGGCAUAAAGCCAAGGUAGAGGCAGUGACCUUGGACCUUGCUCUGCUCCAGAGUGUGCAGCGUUUUGCUGAAGUGUUCAAGGCCAAGAAUUUGUCUCUUCAUGUGCUUGUGUGCAACGCAGCGGUCUUUGCUUUACCUUGGAGCCUCACAAAAGAUGGCCUGGAGACCACCUUCCAGGUGAAUCACUUAGGACACUUCUACCUUGUCCAGCUCCUUCAGGAUGUCUUAUGCCGCUCAGCCCCUGCCCGUGUUGUCGUGGUCUCCUCGGAGUCACACAGAUUCACAGAUAUUAACGAUUCCUCGGGAAAACUUGACUUCAGCCGUCUUUCUCCAUCUAAAAGUGAGUAUUGGGCCAUGCUGGCUUACAACCGGUCCAAACUCUGCAAUGUUCUCUUCUCCAACGAGCUGCACCGCCGCCUGUCCCCGCGCGGAGUCACGUCGAACGCUGUACAUCCUGGGAAUAUGAUGUACUCCUCGCUUCAUCGCAACUGGUGGGUCUACUCGCUGCUGUUCACCCUGGCGCGGCCUUUCACCAAGUCCAUGCAACAAGGUGCUGCCACCACCGUGUUCUGCGCUGCAGCUCCGGAGCUGGAGGGCCUGGGAGGGAUGUAUUUCAACAACUGCUGCCGCUGCGUGCCCUCGCCGGAGGCCCAGAACGGAGAGACGGCCCGGGCGCUGUGGGAGCUCAGCAAGAGGCUGAUCCAGGAGCGACUCAGCAGCCAGUCCAGCUGAACGGGUGCUCCUGCAAGGAUGCACGUGCUCAUGCACACUCACCGUGCAUAUGUGUGCGAGCACAACUGCCAACGCCAGGCCCCUUCCAACUUUAUUUUCCAGAGGGUCUCCAUGUCCCUCUGACACCGAUCAG